AUGUAUUUUCAGUACACGUUAGGAGCCAUUUUUAUUGUAUUUAUUUUGUGCGUUCAUUGUGAUAAUGCUGGUAUUAACAACGAAAUAUUGGAGAUUUACGUUCCGUCCGCUCCACAAAACCUCACAGCGAAUAGAGUUAUAUCAGACGAAAUACAUCUGUCAUGGGCCCCGCCAUCCGAAUACACAGUACACAUUUUGGAUUCCACCGUAGAUCGAACCACAAAACACGACGAGUUGCAAGUGAUACCCAGAACUCAGGCCGAUGCCCCAAUAGAAGAGCCGCAACCAGAAAAACUCAAAGACUAUGCGUACACACUAUACAACAACGACAGGCUCAAAUACAACGAUGACUUCGCAUCAGACGACUAUAGAAAUAAGAGAGACAUAAGAUCACACAGACACAGAAAACGAAGGCAGGAUAACGUAACGCAUGAGAAAAUUGAGGUUGAAACUCACCAAGCUUUUGAAUUACCAAUCGAAGUUGUCAAGAAGUCACCUCCAGCUAAAAUUGAUAUAACUCAAAUAGCGUACGUCCUGUAUUACGAAGAAGGUGUCGCUAUUCGGAAAGGGUCCAGCGAUUCGAUAUUCGUAGCUGGUGUUCCGACGUCGGAUGAGAUUAAACGACGGAAUGUGUUUAGAAGCGAUCUUGGUAUGGAGGAUUAUUUGAAUGCGACGAAGAAUCUUACGCUUUUGAAUACGUCCGGUGUUCCCACUAAAGUUGUUGGGUUUCGAUUGAAGAAUUUGAAGGCCUUCACUCCAUACAAGAUAUGGGUCCGUGCAUUCUACAACUUCCAACUGACUGGAGUCAAGUCCCAAGAUCUCCUUCAACGCUUGGGUCCCCAGUCGACUCCGCUGUACGUCCUAUCUGAUGUGAAUCCACCCUCAGCGCCCAUUAUACUAAAUCUUACGUGUGAUUUACCAAAUGGUAUACUUUACCUCCAAUGGCGUCAACCCCUGGAGUACAAUAACUCCUUGGAUCUGUAUGUGGUGACCCUCAGGAAGUUACCUGAGCAACAGCCUAGCACGAGACUCAAGUUACCCACCAGCAAGGAUGAUAUUGAGACCACGAUCAGUGUUAAUGUGCAGCUAUGGAACGUAACACAGUACGAAGUGAAGAUCUACGCGGUGACGCUGUCAGUCGCGCGUCCGGACACUUUGAUCAAUGGCACUGAAUCACCGCCAGAGCAAGUAUCGAGUGAGUGGUGUACUGCCCAUUCUGAGGCUAUGUCUCCUGAGGUGGGAAAGGCUAUGCGCGGAGCUAAUGCGUCCGUGGCACUACUUGCAGCCGCCCUCAUGACUGUGUUAGCUGCCGGUACUGCUGGCGUGCUUUAUUGGAGAUGCAGAACUCGUCUCAGCAAAUGCAUAAGUGCUGCUUACAAUUAUUUGGAGGAAGGGGGCGAAAGGGCAGCUCGGGCUCCACUCAAUACCUAUAAGAAACCAGUAUCCCGUUCGUCCCCUCCAACAGGGAACAAUACGGGCACCGGGAUCACGGCAGAGAGCGUAUGCGGACGUCCGCCUCGAAUGGCGGGCGCACAUUGUCCCUUAGUACGUGCACAGCAUUUUCCCAGUCAUGUGGCCUCGUUACAUGCCGAUGGAGAUAUCGGGUUUAGUAAGGAGUAUGAGAUCGUGGUAGCUAAAUCCGCGGCUUUAGGCCACACUAGUCAUCACAGCUACAGACCAGAAAACAGACUCAAAAAUAGAUAUUUGAACAUCACAGCCUACGACCAUUCCCGCGUAUGCGUGUCAGCCGGCGGGCGUUGUGGGGCGGCGGGGUGCGUGGGAGCAGGUCGCGGAGCUGUUUGCGAUUACGUCAACGCCAACUUCAUAGAUGGGAUAUUGCCUCAAUUGGACGAAGACACAAUAAGGCGGAUUGAACGACGUCUGGAGAGGCGGAAUCGGCCUACCAGACAACCAUCAGUAAAAGCGUCAAAACCACCACCGAACCUGGCUGAGGGAAUCGAGUCUGCCUUCCUUAAUAUUGAGUUCUCGGGCAUUGUGGAGUCUGAUGAUCAAAGGGACUCUGACUCGGAGACCAGCGAUGACGAAGAACAACUGGAUGAUGUGUUUGUUAAUAUUAAUGGCGCGAUACGACAAAUAAAGCUGGAGUGGGUCGUCUGGAAGCGGCGCUACAUCGCUACUCAGGGGCCGACUCCGGCCACUCUGGAUGCCUUUUGGAGGAUGAUAUGGCAGCACAAAGUCAGAACUCUGGUUAUGAUUACGAAUCUCGUAGAGAGGGGCAGGCGAAAAUGCGAUAUGUACUGGCCAUCCGGGGGUCGGGGAAGUUCAGCAGAGUUCGGAGGCGUGCACGUUACGCUCCUGUAUGAGGACGUACGCGCAGCGUAUACUAUACGGCAUUUACGAGCAACGCCCGUGGUGACCGAGCCGGGAACGGAAGACAGUCCGGACAGACAGAGACACAUAGUGCAGUACCAUUACACGGUGUGGCCAGACCACGGUACGCCCAGGCACCCGCUGGCCGUUUUGCCAUUUGUAAAGGCCGCUCAAGAUCCACACACGGUGCUAGUCCAUUGCAGCGCGGGCGUGGGCCGAACGGGCACGUACAUAGUUAUAGACGCACAAUUGAACCAAUUGAAGCUAACGGGAACUCUGUCCCCGCUGGGCUUCCUCUGCCGCGCACGCACACAACGAAACCAUCUCGUACAAACGGAAGAGCAGUACGUAUUCGUACACGACGCGCUCCUCGAGUACGUCCGGUCCGGCGACACCGAAGUCGAAUUCUCGAAAGCCAGGGAAUAUCUCAUCAAACUCCUGGAACCCAUAUCGGACGAGGAACUGGCGGUCAUGGAUCUAAAUUCGACUAAAACCAAGAGCGUUCACGAUUUGACCGUCGAAAACGACGUCACCAGCGUCAAAUCGAAUAGUGAAAACAAGACAGAAAUUCUAGAGAAUGGCAGCGAAAUGUCUUUGAAAACUGACGAAAUCAGCGAGCCGAGUAAAUCGUCAGAUGGCCAGGAGAAGGAGGUGCUGGUGAACGGGGACGAGAACGAGGGAGUGUACGACUUGGCCCCGCGAUCCACGGACACGUAUAGUAAGAAAAUGGCAGCUUACAAUAGUAUGAGUGAGGAAGAGAAAGAGGAGAUUAGGAGGGCGAAUCGAGUGGAAAACUAUGCACUGUUGGAACGAAUGCGGUCGUUAUCAAACCGGCAACCGACGUACCAAGGCCCACCUCCUGUCAAUUUGUUGGAGAAACAGUAUCAGCUUAUAACCCGAUCCUGUGUGGAACCAAGUGUAUGCGCACGCGCAGCUCACAACGCUGAGAAGAAUAGACCCGGUGGCUUUCUUCCUUCUGAUUCGGCUAGAGUUAUGCUCGUGCCCAAACCUGGGGUUGAAGGCAGUGACUACGUGAAUGCGUCGUGGGUUUGCGGCAGACGACGCAUGCGGGAGUACGCAGUCGCCCAACAUCCCGGGCUCGGCGGAGAGCUCUGGCGGCUUCUGUGGGACCACACCGGGCAGCUGGUGUUGAUGCUGCCGGAUGAAAAUUCCUCGGACUGCGAAGUAUUUUGGCCAACUGAAGAUGAUCGAGAAUUGUUCAUUGCUAACUUCCGAGCCAGUUUUGUGUCCAAGGAGACGUAUGUGGCGCAUCGACGAACAGAGAAAAAGGCAGAAACGCCGUCGGAACCGGAGAUCAAUGGAUACCGAAGGCAAGAAGGAUCGGAAUGCGCCGACGACGAACGAUUAAUCCCGGAGAAUUCACCGAUACAAGAUGGAGAACACCGCUACGACAGAGCCGAAUUACGCCUCGACUCGCUCAACGGAAGCAGAGAUCUAUCCGCAAGAAAAUCAAUAGCCAAUGGAGAUCUGUUCUCGUCAUUAGCGGAAAAGAAAAACGGCCCGAAAUCCCCUCGCAGCCCUUCCAAAAUGUCUCUAAAGAACUUCAAGUUGAGCUCCCCGACGAAGUUCAAGUUUCCCGAAUGGGGGGCGAGAGCCGGCUCUCCGCCCGACGAAGCCCCUCCUCCUCCUCCGAUUCAGCCUUCCCUCACGGUGCAGGAGGAGAUGGAACUCCACAGGCCGCUUUACUACUUCGAAAGAACGGAAAACACCAGUCAUGUGCCAUCGGACAGAGUGAUAGAAGUGACUAAUGUUAGUGUGCACUCGUUGCAGGACGAUUAUCAACUAAGUGUGAAGUUUAUUAAGUGUUGUGGUUGGUUAAGCGGUGAUACGACGGACUACAGUGUUAACGCCCCGGACGAUAACGAACACGUGCGCGGAGUGAGAGAGUCGAGCGGGAGCGAAAGGGAGGGAGCGUUGGAUAGGUUGAUAGCGCCUUACAAGGAUUCCUUCGGGUUGAUUGAAUUCGUUGCCGGAUGCCAGAUGGAGUAUAAGAAUGGGCCCGUUAUUGUUGUUGACAAGUUCGGGGGUUGGCGGGCGUUAAGCUUUUGCGCACUGAGUGCAGCCGGUGGCGGCGCUCGGAAUCCAAAUAUACACGAACCGGGGGCAGAACACGCGACCCCUUGCUCGUCUGCCGAUCUAUACUGUGCGUGUGCGCUUCAAGCGCACGCACGAUGCGUACACCAUCACACCUAUACGUCUACGUCCUCGCCCUUACCGCCGAGCGCGUUGCUGGCGUGCUAUUGCGCGCUGGCUGCGUAUACGCCCGGCUUGCACGAUUGUAAUAGCUGA